AUGUCAAUAAUAAAUGAAGUAGAGAAAACAGUGGCUAUCGACGAUAAUAACACAUUACAAGAUCAUAAUUUCCAAAUCAGACCUUCACACAAUCAAAAAUUCAAUACACAUAUUGCAAAAGAAGCUAUUCAAGAGACACUUCAAAAAUACCUGAAGGAUAAAGAGUAUAGUCAAAUUGAAGCUGAACCACUUAGCACAACUAUUGCUAAAGAAAUAAAGGACAAACUUAAAGAUCAUUGUUUAGAAAAUCGUUAUAAGUCAAUGGUACAAGUUGUUUUGGGUGAACGACACGGUGCUGGUACAAGAGUUGGAGCGCGUUGUAUUUGGGAUGCUGAUACUGACACACAGGCCUCUGAUAAGUUUUUAAAUGUAAAUUCAUAA